AUGGAGAGACGUGCGGACGAGGGCCGACUUCGAGCAGCCGCGUCUCAAGACCAAGGAACUUCACCUUCGUGGGAGCAGUUCGUGAGAGAGUCAUUAGUGCAGGCGGCUUGGCCUGUGGCGUUGGUCGCCCCACCCCGCCGAGCACUAACUGUAGACCACCAAUCAUCGGCUAGCGAGCUCAUCUCAAGACGGGGCGUAUUCUCCAGGAGACAAUAUGGAUCUGUCGAACAACUGUCAGCGUCCGGCGACCCGGGAGCCUUGGAUGCGGUGGCGCGCCGCUAUCGCCUCGAAAAUGGCAACUCGCUGGGGGAAAAGGAUGAGUUAUUCGGACCCCCGAGCGCGCCUGUACUCGAAAAUCCAGAGUUUCAAACGCGAUGGUACUUCAAAUAUUUCCUCGGGAAAAUGCAUCAGAACUACAUCGGAGUUGAUGGAUCUAGAGAGCCGUACCUGCUAAGUGUAGUGCAAGAGGGUGGAGCGGGACUUUUAAGAGCCAUCCUCUUCAAUAAAAUGGGUGCCCAUAAGAUAUAUUUACCACCAAGCGCUUGGAACAGUGGAGGAGGGCAAGCUCCAACAAGACCAACAGUCAAGCAAAUUUUAGGACAAUUUCCAUCAAUGGAACGGGUUGAUAAGGUCCCAAGAGAGAUAACAUGUGCCGAAUUACAAAAAGAUGUGCUACUACUUGAAGAACAGGAAGGGUCUGUUAAUUUUAAGAUAGGGGUAAUGCUUAUGAAACCUGGCCAAAAGACUGACGAUGAAAUGCUUUCCAACGAGAAAGGCGACGAGAAGUGGGACAGAUUUAUUUCACUUUUGGGAGAUAAAAUUCGAUUACGAGGCUGGAACCGUUUUCGAGGGGGACUAGACGUCAAAGAUCACGAAGGUCGAAGUUUAUUUAGGAGCUCGGCUUUGCAUACAACUCCAACUAGAAUUUUGGAGAGGAAACGGCACAUCGGCAACGACAUCGUCAACAUAGUGUUCACAGACGACUCUGUGCACAAUACUUUUAAUCCGCAGUGCGUCAAAAGCCAUUUCACACAUAUAUUCGCAGUCGUUUCAGAGGUGGAGGAAGGAUAUAAACUUAGCGUAUACAGUGACGAUACAGUGCCACCAUUUGGUCCUUCAUUACCUUGUCCACCAAUAUUCAACGACCCCCAAUUAUUUAGAGAGUUUCUAUUGGUAAAAUUAAUGAACGGAGAGAAAGCGGCCUUCCAAACCCCUACAUUUGCAUUGAAACGACAACGAACCUUGGACACGCUGAUAAGGGACAUCUACGCGGAACACUGCUCGGACCAUAAGGUGCCCAUGCUAUCACGGCGAGCGCUAUCAGACGUAUGGUCGGGCGGCGCAGGCGCAGGUGGUGCGGGCGCUGCACGGACAGAACAUUUCUUGCAUGUGGGACAGGCGCUCAAACUUGAUGCUGUACUGCGAGGCGAUGCUCCCACUAGUCUUGUUUCAUCAGGAUGCGGUGGUUCCCGACGAGCCCCUUGGGAAGGUAAAGUGUGGCGCGCUGCACCACUGCCUGCCACGCCGGUCUGUGCGGAACAACUCGCUGAGGGACGCCUUUUGUUAUCUACGACGUCUAAUACAUACAUUUUAGAAGAAAGCGGAACCACCCGCGUAGUGUUAAGAUGGGAAGGCUGCGUCCGCGCAGCUCGGGUGAGUGAGCGAGCUGGACUGUUCCGUGUUGGUGCUCGAGUAGUUGCUGGCGGAGGGUCCACGACAGGUGGCGCUGGUGGCGCGGGCUUGUACGCGCUUCCCGUACAGGAGCUCUGUGCAGGCGCAUGGGCCAUGCGACCACUACAGGACUGCAAGCACGCUCGGCUUCCAAGGACUAAGACUGCUCAUUAUUUUGAUCUACUGGAAACUGGCGAAGGAGGCAAAACAACAUUAGCGGUAGCGAUCGGUAGGAGGGUAAUGCUUAUGAUUGAAGAAUCAAAGACUGACAACGAGAUGGGUUUUGAAUAUACACAUAUCAAAGAUAUCCAACUAAGCGAAUCGCCCAUACUGAUCAAGCUUAUGGAUGGAGAAGUAGGAAUAAUGGUAGUUGGAUACAAGCAUCAUUGGGAAGUUUUAGAAUCCGGGACUGGCCAGGCAGUGAAACGAGCAGAAAACUCUGAAGAUAGUGGACCUCGUCGUGUGUGCGCUUUCCCCUAUAUUAUGGCAUUUGCCGAAGAUUUAUUAGAGAUACGACUAGUUGCUAAUGGAUCCUUAGUACACGCAGCCUGCAUACCUGGACUGAAAUUGUUAUGCGGGCGAAGAGAUAUAUUCUAUGUGGCAUGCGCACCGGAAUACGUGCCUUUAAGUCGCGAGAUAGACCCUUGUCUCAGCUUACACGACGAGCUUGUCAGACAGAUGAGCAAACAAUGUGGACCUUAUUCUCUUGAUGAAGAUGACAAUCACGACAGAGGAGACCCCUACAGCAUGAACCGUACUACUACCGCACCUUCGGAAAAUAACUCUGCGUCAAGCAGGAGCAGUUCUAUUUCUUCAGAACAGGAAAAUAUUAGACCACCGUUGACACGAAUGGCGCCAAUCUCACCACCAACUUCUCCCCAAGUGCUCCCAGAAAACAGCGGAAGGUGUGUGAGAAUCUACAAGAUCCCGCAGAGUAACCUGAGCGCAGGAGCAUACCAAAGACAGUCCGUAUCCGCCGACCAAGUGGUCACUUCAUACUUUUCUGACAGGCCAAAUAGCAUUAGGCAGAGGCUAGCAGAACUGAGACUAGACAGCAAAUCAAGAGGCGGAGGUGACGACGAAACUUUAUAAGUGAUAUGUAGACAACCACUAACUUCGUAGCUUGUUAUCGAAUACGGAACCAGGUGCACAAUUUUAAUGAGUAGCUAGAUAUACAACUGUAGGUACCUAUAGGUAUUGAGUGUUGGAAAGUUACUGACACACGACAAAACUUUCCGAAUCGCACGGAACAUUCUAGAGAACUUAGUUCAAGCGUGUGUCGUGUCAAGCAAACUUAAAUGUCUAGAUUAAUGUUUAAUGAAGAUUGUUUUAAUUCAAGUAGAAACGUUACAUGUAUGUAGAAAUAGUACGAGUAGAUACAUUUGAAUGCAAAGAUGUGAUAUAAUAAAUAUGGGUGAUGUGUAGUGAACAGAAAUAUAUUUCGUAGAGCAUAAUACGAACAAAUAAAUUAUGAAGCUAUUUUACAUUGACAAAUAUUCUAUGAUUGUUGCAAAAUUGGAGAUUUAUUAAAUAAAAAGAAAAAAUAUAUAACAAUAGAUGUAUAUUUAUCUUUUCUGCUAUUGAAAUAAGAAAAUUAAGAAUAAUUUAAAUGUCUAUAUACCUUAAUUGCUCUGCACAAAAUAUAUGCUCAAUAUAAGGAACAUACUGUAAAAACAAAAUUAUAUUAAAAAUAACAGUUACGAUGUAGUCGUUCAAUGUUAAAGUAAUUUAUUGGAUAAGGAAUUUUAUGAAUUAGCAACAUUUUUACGAAAAUAUACAAUGUACAGUGUAACUACAGAAUGAAUUCAAAUAAAUAAUUAAUAAUAAAUAAUUUAAAUGAAUCUCAUAUUAAAUGUAAUAUUCUAGUCACUUGACUUCAACAUGUAAGACAAAAAAGUGAUGUAAAAUAGUUCUCUUUAGGAUUAAACGUAUUAUGAUGAAAUGAUUAUAAAUAUUAUCUUUCUAAAGUCUGUUUGACACCAGAAAAGAAGUGCCAUCCAACUAUUUGGUUAUCUUUCUAGACUUAAUAGUAUAAAAACUGUAAUAUUUUGCGAUGCAAGAGAAUUGAAAUCUUAUUUAAGUGUUAAUACAGAUUAUCUUCAAUGUACAUAGAGUUGUAAUAGUAGUGUAACAUUUCAGAUGUAUUCAUUAAAGUUACAAAUUUACUUGUAUUGCAGAAAGUCUAGUAGUGUAUUGAAUGUUUCAAUGUCGUGCGAAAUUGUAUAUUACUAACCAAAGAAAAGAACCAAACUGAUAGAGAUAAGAUUUAAAUAAUAAGAAUUAUGAAUGCUGACAGCACUUGAGAUUUAAAACUAUGUGUGUACUGUACAUUAUGUAGUCAUAAAGUUUUGUCCAAUUGAAAAUGAAAUAUUGUGUAACUGAUGUCUCUUAGGAGUUAAGCUUUUCGAUAGUGUAGUACUAAUCUAUUCGGAUCCUUCUUUCGUUUCUUUAUUAAAUUAUAAAUGUUAAAGGUAUGUGUCCCAAUAAUGUAUGUUGAAAUAUUAGUGUAAAUAACUUAUCACAUAAGAUUGUACGUUUUUAUAAUAUUUCUUGGUUUUUAAAUAACUACACUGUGUAUUGUUCCCAUAUAAUAUAGGAAAGUUUCAAAACAUAAUAAUAUUUAUCACAUAAAGUGGCAUUGUCUUAAGCAGAAUUGUAAUUGGUGUAUAAUAUAAAUAUUUUUAUUACCAUUUCCAAACUUAUGGAGUACAAUUUUUUGUCUGUGAGAGAUAUUCGAAAUACCUCGGAAAGAAUAAAUAUAUAAUGAUGUUAUAGUAGUUCACGGAGUUUAUUGAAAAAUCUAUAUUUUAAAUAAAAGAGCGUAUGAAAACCGCAUGCAUAUUAAUGAUAAACAAAGACAUUUUUGAUGCAUUUUGGUAUGAAAAUGCAUGCGUGUAAUAUGUAUGUAUAAUUAUCUACGUUGAAAUGCACAUAAUUGUAGUCUCAGUAUUAGAUAGUGUAACGAUGUACUUUUACUAAUAUGCAUGUGGCAUAAUUAUCCUAAAUCAUGUUUCAACGAAAUGUGAUAAUUGCGUGAAACAAAAUAAUAGCACAUUAUAUGAAAUUAAAAUUUAUUGUUUGUAUCAUACAUAUAUGUAGACAAAUUAAUGUAUAUUACUAUAAUACUUCAUAAUAAACCCGAGAUACUGAACAAAUAUAAGUGUAAUGUAAUAAACAAAAGGUUCCAGUAACAAAUAUACCUACUUAUAUAAUGUAGGGUUUUACUCUGUUAUUUUCUCUGAGGUUUAAAAUAAAUGUCUGUUCAGAACAAAGCGUACCUUAUUUGCAUGUCAAACAUACCUAACAUUAGAGCUAAGUAAGUCAACUACUUAAAAAUCUAAUCCAAAUUAAUACAUAUAACAAUAUUGUACAAUUUUCUUAACUUUAAAAACUAAUAACAAUUCAAUUGAUUAGAAAUACCUACCUAUAAAAACUUAGGCUGCUGUUUCAAAGCAGUUAUGUCUAAGAAUCGAGGCAUCUCACCAGGAGAAGCAGACUUCGAAGGUGGUGGUAUACCUGAAACAAACAAUGAUAGCAUCAUUAUGAUAGAAUCCUUUUUAAUCUGAAAUUAGCCGCCGACGUCCUGCCCGUCCUGGUCGCUUCACGAUAUAUUUGCG